GGCUUACGCUCGAUUCGGUGAAGGUCCAGCGAUCAUCACGCGAUCAUGGAUACGCGUGGCAUUGAAGUCACAAAUCAGCUCCGGAGCGCCAUUCGCGCCAAGCUUAUGGAAUUGGGAGUCCACUACGACGAGGAACUACCUGAUUAUAUAUUAGUAAUGGUGGUGAACAAGAAAUCUCGUCAGCAGAUGCAUCAUGACUUAAAUCUGUUCCUAGAGGACUGCACGACUAUAUUCGUGGAUUGGCUGCACGAUCAGGUGCUAAAGAAACUGCAGAAAGUCACUGUAGCCAAGAAAAAAUCAUCUCGCGAGUUUGUACCUACCGUUGUAGUAAAGCAAGAGGAAGAGAGAAAGAAAAAAAAGAUAUUAGCAACUUCGUUCCUAGAAGAUCAGGCAGUGGAGCAGUCUUCGGCUGUCGAGAAAUUCCCGGAUAAAAGUACGAAGAGCGACAAACAACCAUCGGCGCAGAAGCAACAGACAAUAAAAUCUUCCAUACCUAAUCAAAACUCAGAACGAAGUCACAGCAAGAGCGUGGAAAGAAAUGUGAAAAGUGUGCACAGCAAAAGUAGAACAGACGAAGUAUCGUCGAUACCCGGCAGCGGAUCUUAUCAAGACUCUGCCUCUUUGACGAGGCCGCAGCAAAGUUCUGGACGCGAUGAAAACACAAAGGAAGGCACGCCGGAGAAUCCCGCUACAAAGAUCACAGAUUCAUAUAGCGAUCUGAAAGAGAGCGAGGCGCCGAAUAAAAAUCUAAAAAGAUCAUUGGAGUCGUCGAGUAAUCGUCACGACAGCACGGAGAAAAGGAGUAACGAGGCGAAGAAGCCGAAGCUAUCCGAGGAAGAAAAGGAAGAUACUUCCCCGGAUACAGCUUCAAAGAAGCUCAAAUCCUACGUGAACAAGCCAAAGAUUGUGUCUGUCGUAUCUGUGAAGAAUCGGCUUGGUAUGGUCUCACCACGGAAGAAAUUCGAGAUCUACAGAGAGAGGGAGGGCAACGGUCGCCACUAUCUGUUGGAGAAGCGGUUCGAGAACCAGCAUCGCUACGACAUUGGACGUAGCGGAAAGGGCAGAACCUUUGAGAUGGACGAUCGAGGUUCCAGACGGAUUCGCGACGGCGACUCAUCGCGAUAUCACGAGACUAUGAGCAAAGUCAACGACGUAAGGAGUCGAAUAGAGAGCAGCAAGAGUGAGAGAUUGAGCAGAAACGCGGAGUCCAGGGAGAGGAAUUUGAAUUCAAGUUCCACAACGGACGCAUCCGCAAAAAAGUCUGUGUGCACUAUUAAGGAUCGUCUGGGUAUCAAUAGUAAAGUCCAACAGAGACAGUCCACAAAAUUACAAGAAGCAGCAGAUUAUAGAAAUAACCCAAAGAGCUUGGAUCAAGCGGGAAAUAACAACAAAAACAUCAAGGAUAGGCUCGGUCCGUUAAAAAGUAGUUUCAGGCCUGUCCAUAAACAAGGACAGCUUCGCAGCAGCGAAAACAAUAGAUCUCUAGUUUCUCUGAAUUCCGCUGGCGAGAGACACGAGGGUGAGAAGGGGAAAGAAACCGAAGAUGAAGACGAAGUGGAUAAUGAUGAACAGCUGAUCGGACCUAUGAAGUCGCACAUAGUCGCUGUAAACAGACAUGCAUCCGCCACUGUUACGAAAACCGAUAGGAGACGUAUGAAAAUAUCGAAUGAUUUGUUCAGUGCGACUCAAAGUAUCAGCAAAACCUUGGGACACAGUGGCGUGAAAUCUCAGGAUAAGAUGAACAAAAGGACAUUCAGUGAUGUGGACGAGGAUACCGAUGAUAUGAGAUUACCGAGCAAAGUAAUUGUCACGCCAAGACCUUUGAAGCCGCUGCAACCGACUCAGAAACGUGCCACACAGUCGCUUUUGUUACGAGCUGUCGCGGAGGCAAAUCAGUCUGUUGUUACACAGAAGAAUCCGGAACCGUCUCUAUUUGACAAGAAGCCAAUCUUAAAGCGUCUUAAACCUGCCCCGGCUCGUGAUGUAAGUCAAAACUUGUCGGUACAUUUUAAUUCUAGUAAGAGACUGGUCAUGGAAAAAAUUCAAGUCGAAUUAAAUACGAUAGAUCAUCUGGAUACGGAAGACGUCGAGCCUGAGCCUUAUGUACCUCAACCAGUAACGGACGAGCAUAUGGGAGUCAUGAUGUCGUUGUUCCAAAGGAGCAACGACAAUCAAAAAUUCUUGGUCACUUUGAACGGAUACAACAACAAUCUUCUGAAGGAGAAGAUUAGUUCCGAGGAUGACGAAGAACGACUGGUAAUGGAGGUGAACGAGGAUGACGAGCUUUCACUGUUGACGCACAAUGAAGCAACGACGAUGACGGCGACAACGACAAUGGCGGGAAUGGCACAGAACGAGUUGGAAAUAAAUAAGUUUAGAAUAACAGGCGCUACGGAAGAUAACGUGCAUGCUAGUCCGCAGGAAGCGAGCGGAGAAGAGAAUAACGAGAACUGCAAUACGGAGAACGUAGAUAAGAUUGACGAGAUGCCGCGUAAACGGAGAAAAUUAAGCCCUAUAAUAUACAAUAGAUCUCAUUCUCCUAGUCCUAUACAACUGAAAUCUAAUGCGUCUCUAGCGUCGACGUUAGCCACCAAACCCCCGGAUAAAAAACCUCUGGUAGAGAAUACGGCCUCUGUCAUUUCAGAUAAAUCUAGAGAGAAAUGUAGAUACUGGCCAAAUUGUACGUUAGGGAACAAAUGCGCGUAUCUUCAUCCCCCUGUUAUGUGCAGUGCCUUUCCGGCAUGUAAGUUUGGUGACAAAUGCGCCUACAAGCAUCCCAAGUGCAAAUUCGGUUUGUCUUGCACAAAGCUAGGUUGCGUGUUCUCGCAUCCUGCCCAGCAAUGCAAGUAUCAUCCAUUCUGUACGAAACCGGCCUGUCCGUAUUCCCAUCCAGUCACUUCCACUCCGGCAGCAGAAGUAAGCCAGAGAGCAAAGUUUACUUGGCGGCGACGAGAUUGAGCAUGUUUUUGCGGAUGUAUAAACCAGAAUAUAUCGUUUUGAUCAAAUUAAGAUCUGAUCCACGUAAAAUUACUUUGUACAGGUCACACAAUGAAGAAAUAUGCAAGCUUAAGUAGCAUAAAUUGAUAUAAAGAUGUUACCAAGAUAAAAUUUAAC